AUGCAAUUAGGUAGGGAAAAGCGUUCUGUAAACGAAACGGAUGCAGAAAUAGCUUAUAGAGUAACAAGUGAACUUGAAUCGAAGAACCUUACGAACUCAGCUAACACUUCGGUUGUGAGUAAGCACGCUUUAUUGUUGGCAAACUUCAAGCAAAUGUGGCCUGUAUCACAGUGGAAAAAGUGGGGACUUUUCUCUGACGAUUAUCUAGAAUUGAUCAACGAUCACUGGCUGCAGUUUCCACCUCCUAGUGAAUUUGCCCAGAAGGCGUUGGGAGGAUUCUACGUGCUAUUUUCCACAGUCGGCUGUUGGGGAAAUAUCAUCGUUUUGCUGAUGUAUCUUAGGUGA